AUGACUCGAACAUGGCGAGUAACCUUAUUCUCUCCUCUUUCUCUUUUUCUUAAAUUCGCUUCAUUUUCUUCCAUUUUAUCUGUUUUUCUUCCUGAUGCACACUGGUUUCUCCAACUAAAUUGUUGGAUUCAUAACUCUAUUUUGCUAGCUGUAGAUCUGGCUAUAAAUUUUUUUAUAAGCGAUCUGGCCAAUGUUGUUAGGGGCCUAGCCCCAAACAUGAAAGGAAAAGGAAAGAAACAAAAAGCUAGAAGCCUUCUAGGUAAGGCAACAAAGCUUCUACCUGCCAACAUGGCAAAGGAGGCAAAACCAGGAACCAAUCCAAAAACUGGGUAA